UGUAGUACAAGCACGUACGUAACAUUACUAUUUGGUUGGUUUCCCUGGGAUGCUGGCCCUGACCGAGGCAACGUUGGUUGACAGUCUCAAUUAAAAAUUACUGCCGCCGGCGUUGCCAUGGCCAUGCUCAAAUUUAAAAAACAGAGCUUCAUUAUUGCGAGCCAUAAGAAGCUUCUUUGCUUCUGCUUGGCUUCUACAGCUUCUGCUGCUGCUAACAUGGCGGAGCUCACAACUCCUCAACUCAAUUCACAGAACACCCAGUUGCGAGAAAGACUGGAAAUUCCUUCCCCUUGCUAUUUGGACCCCAAAUAUGUUAUCUCUUUGCUGAUUAGCAGUAUAAAACUUUCCCAGAUCAGACAGAUUCAUUCGCAAGUGGUAAUCCAUGGAAUGUUACAGAAUCUCAACGUUGCGAACAAGCUUCUUUAUAUAUAUUCUCAGCAUAAAGCUUUUGGCGAUGCUUAUAAGUUGUUUAGCGAGAUGGGAGAGAGAGACGCAAUUACUUGGAGUGUAAUAAUUGGUGGGUUUGCCAAAGUUGGUGAUUAUAUUCAUUGUUUUGGAAUAUUUAGACAGCUAAUUCAAUCUGGGGCUCCACCUGAUAAUUAUACAUUGCCAUUUUUGAUAAGGGUUUCCAGGGAUAGGAUGAAUGUUUUGAACGGGAGAAUAAUUCAUAACAUUGUUUUCAAACAUGGGUUGGAGUCGAACAGCUUCGUCUGUGCUGCUCUAGUGGAUAUGUAUGCGAAGUGCAAGGUAAUUAAGGAUGCACGCCAGUUGUUUGAUAAAUUUCCUUGUAGAGACCCUGUUACGUGGACUGUUAUGAUUGGCGGCUAUGCUGAAUGUGGGAAUGCUUGUGAGUCCUUGGUUUUAUUUGAUUCGAUGAGAGAGGAGGGUGUAGUCCCUGAUAAGAUCACUAUGGUUACUGUAGUUUCUGCUUGUGCAAAAUUGGGGGCCAUGCAUAAGGCCAGACUUGUUCAUGACUACGUAUUUGAAAAUAAUUUUUCCUUGGACGUGAUCUUGGGAACAGCCAUGAUUGAUAUGUAUGCUAAAUGUGGAUGUGUUGAUUCUGCAAGGAGUAUAUUCAACCAAAUGAAAGAAAAGAAUGUCGUUUCUUGGAGUGCCAUGAUCGCAGCUUACGGGUAUCAUGGCCAUGGUAGAAAAGCACUCGACACAUUUUCUAUGAUGUUGAGCAGUAGGACAUUGCCAAAUGCAAUAACCUUUGUUUCACUAUUAUAUGCCUGUAGUCACGCUGGUUUGAUUGAGGAAGGUCUCCGGUUUUUCUCAUUGAUGUUGGAUGAAUUCUCUGUGAGGCCUAAUGUUAAACACUAUACUUGUAUGGUGGAUCUAUUAGGCCGUGCAGGGAGACUUGAUGAGGCCAUUAGCUUGGUUGAGAGCAUGACAGUUGAGAAAGAUGAAGGCAUAUGGGUUGCUUUGCUUGGGGCAUGUAGAAUCCAUGGACAUAUAGACCUGGCAGAAAAGGCAGCAAAUUCACUUCUUAAACUACAGCCCCACAACGCAGGACAUUAUGUUUUGUUGUCGAAUAUUUAUGCCAAAGCUGGUAGAUGGAAAAAUGUGGCAAAAGUUAGGGAUCUCAUGAGUCAGACUAGGCUAAAGAAAGUUCCUGGUUGGACAUGGAUUGAGGUGGAUUACAAUAUUCACAAAUUUAGUUCUGGAGAUGAGACUCAUCCUUGUUCCAAGGAGAUAUAUGAAAAGCUCAAAAACUUGAAUGAGAAGCUGGAACUGGCAGGCUAUGUUCCUGAUACAAAUUUCGUUUUGCAAGAUGUUGCUGAAGAAAUUAAGGUGGGAAUGUUGUAUUCACAUAGUGAAAAAUUAGCUAUUGCAUUUGGCUUAAUUGCAACCCCUGUUGGAUCUCCUAUCCGAAUAACAAAGAACCUUAGAGUUUGUGGUGAUUGCCACACAUUUAGUAAGUUUGUAUCAGCCAUUACACAAAGAGUGAUCAUUGUCCGAGAUUCAAGUCGCUUUCACCACUUCAAGGAUGGAGUUUGUUCAUGUGGGGAUUAUUGGUAAUUAGCUUAUGAUUAUACUCUUGAGUUCAGUUCACUUCUCAGUAUAGAUGAUAUGAUCAUAAGUUACCUGUUCAAAUUGGUGACUCUCAAGUCAGCAAGUGGCACCAAGGAAGCCGAGACAGCUUGUUGCGUGGCGCCAUGUCUCAGUGCGGCAGUGCCAUUUUGGUAGAGAGCCAGGGCCUUGGCGCAACACCACGACACUGCAGCCCAGCUGGGAAUUUUUCAAAACAUAUUUUAAAGUGAAAAUACCAGUUUCACUAUUGUAUUAUAAAACAAAAUGAUACUAUGAGAUAAAUUUGGUCAAACAAUUUUUUCAAUAUAGCUAAAAUACCCAUCCUUUUACUUAUUAGCUAAUUAUAUAAAAAUAAAAAACUAAUUAAAACUCUAAUAAGAAUAAAAAUAAAUACUUUAAUUAUUAAAACAAAUAAUUUUAAUAAAAAAUAAUCUAAAACUAUUUCUCUCUCUCUCUUUAUUUCUCUUUUCCUUCUUGUCUUCCUUUUCUUCUCUUCGACAAUAACCAGCCGACCCUGCUUAGGACAGUGGCUCCGAUUGUGGAUCCAGCCACCCCCAAGGAGCAUGGCUCAAAUACUCGGCUUAGGAGAUAGUACCCAUCUCCAGCUUCGAUUGUCGAUCCAGCCACCCCCAAGGGCUAUGGAUGCUCGUCUUUCUUAGCUCCAGCAACCCAGAUCUAGCCCCUCGCCCAACCCUUGUCAUCCUUGCCUCCUCGCCCAGAUCUAGCCCACGACGUCGACUAUGUGGUCCUCCCAACCCCUGCCGUCAUCACCUCCUUGCUCAGAUCCAGUCCACGAGGUCAACUGUGUGGUCCUCACCCAACCAUUGUCAUUGACUGACAAAGAGAGAGAUGGGCAUUUUGGAAUAAAUAAAAGGGUUUCUUCUAGGUAGAAAAGAUAAUGGUGAAGAUGUUGGGUUUCAGGGUAAUCGUGUGGGGAUGAAGGGAAGACCCAAUCAAUUUCUUUUUGUUCUGUUGAGAUUGGCAUAGUAGUUUUGUUCUGUUGGGAUUAACGUAAAAGAAGAGGUACCAUAAUUUACGAUUAUUGUUUGAUUCUUGUAGACUUUGAUUCUAGAAUAAAUAACAUUUUUGCCCUUGAAUUUUUGACACUA